UCUCUUUUGCACGGCUGCCGUACCGCCGCCACUCCUGUAGGCGGAUACUGCUCUGUCGGGAGCAGUCUAUCUCAGCAAUAAACAACGACGAGCACAGACGAUACCGAGCGAACGACCCUAUCCUUUAAUAAUAAUCAUAAUAAAACAAAACUACCAUCAGUUACCUCUCAGUCCCAUCCUAAUGAAGGAGCUUCGCCCUGACUGACUUUGGGAGAUGGGAAUACUCAAUAUAACAGACCAGCCCCCACUGGUCCAGGCUAUAUUUAACAGAAAUGCUGAAGAAGUUCAAUUAUUGUUGCACACGAAGGAAGAAGUCAAUGCACUGGACCAAGAGCGCCGGACUCCUCUACAUGCUGCUGCUUGUCUGGGCGAUGUCCAUAUAAUGGACCUCCUCAUUAAUUCAGGUGCUAGUGUUAAUGCUAAGGACCAUGUGUGGCUGACCCCACUGCAUAGGGCAGCUGCAUCCCGCAAUGAAAGGGCAGUAAACCUGCUGCUACGCCAGGGCGCCGAGGUGAACGCGCGGGACAAGUUCUGGCAGACGCCGCUGCACGUGGCGGCCGCCAACCGGGCCACGCGGUGCGCCGAGGCGCUGCUGCCGCAGCUGAGCAGCGUCAACGUGGCCGACCGCACCGGCAGGACCGCGCUGCACCACGCCGCGCACAGCGGGUACCUGGAGAUGGUAAAGCUGCUUCUGAACAAAGGGGCCAAUCUGAGCGCGUGCGAUAAGAAGGAGAGGCAACCAAUCCACUGCGCUGCCUACCUGGGGCAUUUGGAGGUAGUGAAGCUGCUGGUGUCUCGGAGUGCGGACGCGGUGUGCAAGGACAAGCGUGGGUACACGCCCCUCCACGCCGCGUCCGCCAGCGGCCAGAUCGACGUGGUCAAGUACCUGCUGCGGCUGGGGGCCGAGAUCGACGAGCCCAACGCCUUCGGGAACACGGCGCUGCACGUGGCCUGCUACAUGGGCCAGGAGGCCGUGGCCAACGAGCUGGUCAACCGCGGCGCCAACGUCAACCAGCCCAACGUGCGCGGCUACACCCCCCUGCACCUGGCCGCCGUCUCCACCAACGGCGCCCUCUGCCUGGAGCUGCUGGUCAACAACGGCGCCGACGUCAACAUGCAGAGUAAAGAAGGGAAGAGCCCUUUGCACAUGGCCGCCAUUCACGGCCGGUUCACACGCUCCCAGAUCCUCAUCCAAAACGGCGGAGAGAUAGAUUGUGUGGAUAAAUAUGGCAAUACUCCUCUUCACGUUGCUGCUAAGUACGGCCAUGAGCUGCUGAUCAGCACCCUGAUGACCAACGGUGCUGACACAGCCAGGCAGGGGAUCCACGGGAUGUUCCCGCUGCACUUGGCCGUGCUCUAUGGGUUUUCAGACUGUUGUCGCAAGUUACUCUCCUCAGGUCAGCUGUACAGCAUUGUGUCGUCUCUGAGCAACGAGCACGUGCUCUCAGCCGGAUUCGACAUAAACACUCCGGACAACUUCGGGAGGACCUGCCUGCACGCUGCUGCCUCUGGGGGAAACAUUGAAUGUCUUAACUUGCUGUUGAGUAGCGGUGCUGACUUGAGCAGGAAGGACAAAUUGGGAAGGACUCCACUGCACUACGCGGCGGCUAACGGGAACUCGGCGUGCACGGUGGCGCUGGUGAGCACCGGGGCCGAUGUCAACCAGCCCGACAGUAAAGGCUGCACCCCCCUGCACUACGCUGCUGCUGCUCAGGCCUUCUGCCGAUUGGACAGGAAUUCCACCGGGGCCCAUCUGAGUGAGGAGGACAGGGAGAAGGAGACGUUUUUCUGUUUGGAGCACUUGCUAGAUAACGGCGCGGACCCGUCUGUGCGCAACGUCAAGGGUUACAGCGCCGUCCACUACGCGGCUGCGCACGGCAACAAGCGCAACCUGGAGCUGCUCUUGGAAAUGUCCUUCAACUGUCUGGGAGAUGUAGAGAGCAGCGUUCCGGUUAGCCCCCUGCACUUAGCUGCCUACAACGGUCACUGUGACGCGCUGCGCGUGCUGGCAGAGACGCUGGUGAGCCUGGACGUGCGAGACGGCGGGGGCCGCACCGCGCUCUUCCUGGCCGCCCAGCAGGGACACGCCCCCUGCGUGGAGCUCCUGCUGGCGCACGGGGCCUCCUGCCUCCUCAAAGAGGGCCGGCGGAAGUGGACCGCGCUGCACGCCGCAGCCGCCAACGGCCACACGGAGUGCCUGCAUCUGCUGAUCGACAGUGGGGAGAAGGCCGACAUCACAGACAUCACGGACCUGCAGGGACAGACUCCCUUAAUGCUGGCUGUGCUGGGCAGCCACACUGACUGCGUUCACCUGCUGCUGGAGAAAGGAGCCACAGCCGACGCCGGGGACAAGAGAGGAAGGACAGCCCUGCAUCGGGUGGCCGUGAUGGGCUGUGAGGAAUGCGUGCUGGCCCUGCUGGACCACAGCGCCUUGGCGCUCUGCCGCGACUCGCAGGGCCGCACGCCGCUGCACCUGGCGGCCUCCUGCGGGCACGCCGAGCUGCUGGGCAGCCUGCUGCAGGCCGCCGCCCACUCCGACCCCCUGGACUGCCUGCUGGACUACAGCAGCUACACCCCCACACACUGGGCUGCCUACCACGGCCAUGAAGACUGUUUGGAAGUUUUACUUGAACACAAACCAUUUAGUAUCCAGGAAGGAAACCCUUUCACCCCAUUGCACUGUGCUCUAAUAAAUGGCCAUGAAGGUGCCGCAGAGCUGCUGCUGGAGACCGCCGGCGCCCAGAUCCUCAACAGCAGAGACGACAAAGGAAGGACCCCGCUCCACGCGGCCGCCUUCGCUGAGAACGUCGCCGGGCUGCAGCUGGCGCUCUGCCAGGGCGCCGAGGUCAACGCCGUGGACCACGCCGGGCGCUCCGCCCUCAUGGUCGCCGCCGACAACGGGCAGACCGCCGCCGUCGAGAUCCUGCUCCACCAGGCCAAGGCGGACCUGACUCUGCUGGACCUGAAUAAGAACACCGCUCUACACCUGGCCUGCAGCAAGGCUCAUGAGAUGUGUGCCCUGUUGAUUUUGGGGGAGAUCCAGAAUCCGACUCUCAUCAAUGCAACAAACAGCGCACUACAAAUGCCCCUCCACAUCGCGGCGCGGAACGGCCUGGCGACGGUGGUGGAGACGCUGCUCAGGCGCGGAGCCACAGUGCUGGCGGUGGACGAGGAGGGACACACCCCAGCCCUGGCCUGCGCCCCCAAUAAGGACGUUGCAGACUGCCUGGCCCUGAUCCUCUCCACCAUGAAGCCUUUUCCUCCCAAAGAGCCCGCCGGCGCCCCCUUCAGCCUGGGCCUGCUGAAGCACUGCGGCAUCGCGGCCGGCUGCGGGCCCCUGCCCAACGGCAGCCUGCGCCACGCCUACGCCAAGGACCGGCACGGCACCAUCGGCCUGGACGGCUGCUUCUCCGAGUGACCCCGCCCCCCGGCGACCCCGCCACCCUGAGCCGGUGACCCCUCCCAACGCGCGUCACGCGAGCAGGAGAACGUCUCUGUGCGUCUGUGUGUGUGUGCGUGUCUGACUGCGCGAGAGUCCGUGUGUGUGUGUGUGUGUGUGUGUGUGUGAUGUUCUGUAGGGGUGCAGUCAAACCUAUAUGCAAUUACAGGCCCUCUCUGCCCCCCCUCCCCACCCCCACCCCCCUCUGAGUGGGCAGCUCUGCUGAGUCCCAGCAUGCACUGGGCUUCGGCAGGUAAUUGGAAUGUAACUGCAAAAAAAACAAAAAAAAAACGGACUUAUGGGUAAUGACCAUCGAAAAUGAAUUCAAGUCAGAGAAGUGUAUUUUUGGUAUGAAGCAUUUCUCAGCAUUUAAAUUUUAAUUUUAUUUUUUUAAUUAUUCGCGUCGGAUGGUCACGGAGAGUCAUUUCUUUUUGGCCACUAAUCUUGAUUUGCGAUUUUAAGGUUUUUUUUUUUUUUCUUUUCUUUUCCUUCUUCGCUUGCGUACGGCACGCCCUGGGGAAUGUGAACGUGGAUGUGUGAGGGGUCACCGAUCGGUUUGCCCCUGCGUUGCGUGGGAUUGGCCCGGCGCUACUCCGGAGGGUCGCAGGGUCACAUGGGGGGGCAGCCGUGGAUUUGACUGCACAGCGUUGGGAGGGUGGGCCGGGUGGGGGGUGCGGUUGUGACAGUGUGCAGGAAAACCCCGCCUUCAGCCGGCUUGCCCAGGGUGGCCUUUUCCAAAAUCGCCCAAUCCGGUGGCAUCCAGGGAUGCAUUCUGCUGUGCUGUUUGUGGCACAGGCCUACCACCCUUUCUGCUGGUUAUCUUUCAUACAGAGCACUCCAGUAGUGACACAAAGAAAAUAUUUGAAUCACCAUAUGAAAAUUUGAGGGCGAAGUAGCCAGGCAACUUCCAAUGAGCUGCUCUCAACCUUCUUGCUGGAAGGGAAAGCCAAAACAAUCGUUGAUAUGGAAAAAUCGCACCCUUCCAAAAAAAAGCCACUCCCCCCCCCCCCCCCCCCCCCCCCCCCCCCCCCCCCCUCCCCAACCAACAGAGAAAUGCCCCGUGGGCGGGGCGUUAACCUGGUGCCUUGUGGGUAAUGCAGGGGCGCGGUUUUCCUGCAAGCUGCGCCAGAGCGUAAUGGAUGGGAUUAAAACGGGGGGUGCGAGUGUGAUCCAGCGUUGUGUUCCUGGGAGAACCCCCCCCGUACACACACACACACACACACACACACACACUUUCCCUCCAACCACCCUGACACCUUUAAACCGAUGGUCGUUAAUGGCAGCCUUUCCUUUCGUUUAAAUAGCGCAACUUGAACUUGAACAAUUUGAAGAAAAACGUGAAGCACACACUGAUUAAAACCGGGUCAUGCCAUCUUAUUUAUUAUCAUCGUCAUUAUCAUUAUUAUUAUUAUUCCAUUUAUAAGAAGUUGAUAAGCUCGAUUUAAGCUCUUGUGGGCAUCUUGCACAGUUGUAGAUAGAAGGGUGAAAAUUUGGCCAAAUGUGAACACUAUUUUCUAGGUAAAGAUUCCACAAUUUUCACAAUCAGUCUAUUUUAACUUGUGGAGAUCUAUUGAAACUUUUUGCACAAAUAGCGAUUAAGGGUUUUGCUCGAUUAAAUACGUGUUCUUUUUGUUUAUUUUCUUCCUACGUAGCUGCUAAAUAUUUGCCACCUCAUGUAUUGAAUUUACAUUUUGUUUUCCUCUUUUUUUAAUUUUUAAUUUUUUUGUCCCCCAGACCUCAGAGAGCAAUACCCUUAGACAGCCUCCAAAUUUAUGCGUUACUUUUUUGUGUGGUGCCUUUUUUGGAAGAAAAACAAGUUUCUUUCAUUAAAUGAGUUGCACUUUUUUCCUUCACAUUAAUUUAAUUAUUUGUCUGAAAAUGUAGUUUAGUGUACUGAGCUGGAAUGUUUUUGACUAAUAAAAAGGAAUGACCAAAGGUAAUUAUGUUACUGCUAUGAUGGCUUUCAUUGUUACGAUGGGGAGCACAUCAUUUAAAAUCAGCCCGGCGGCCAUUUUAGAUACUGGCAUACUGCAGUUUUACGAUUUCCACCCACUUCAUCACUCCGGGUAACAUUAUUACAUACCCUCUCAGUAUGGAUGUACUCAGUGGUGUUUAAAAUAAGUCUGUUGUUUCCACUGCAUUCAGUAGAAUAACGUUUAUGUCUCUUGUGGAUUGGCCAAUAUCUCUGGUAUUGAGCUUGCAAAGAUCAAAUCAGAUUGUUAAAUAGAUUCAUACCAUUUUGUUCCCGAAUUGUUUUUUUCUUUUUUUGCUCUGCAAUUUUUUGCAACAAUUUAUUAAAUGAGUUUUUAUGACUUUUUUCAAUGACAAUCAAUAUCAUAAGGGCUUUUAAUUUAUGAGGUAAUGCUUUCUUCACUUUGUUUUGCUUAAUUAAAAAAAAAAAAGAAAAAAAAGAAUUCCACCUAAACAACUGACUGCUUUUAGGCCCGUGUAAUGACGUGUGUGCUUCCGUUUUUCUUUCGUUUAAGAGAAAAUGUGGGAAAAAACAAAAAAUGAAAUUGAUGAGUACCUCUGGGCAACUAGUUCUAUGAUUGUUUAUACCAGUACAACUUUUGCUCCUUUUAUGCUAACCGUUGUGCUUCUACUUGACAUUUGUUAGUAGCAGUCUUACUUUGAUUCUACGUAGGUUUUGCUCUCCUAAUCCUCUUGCCGUCGUGGCUGAAAGGCAGACGAAUUGCGGUGCAAAAUGAGCACGCGUGCUGACAGGAGGGGAGGGGGAGAGUGCGUGAUGGGGGGUCAUUGUGUCAUUGUGACGCCUGGAAGCCCGUGGAACGGCAAGAGGACCGACGGAAUACCAAAUAGCACAGUUCCUUAAACACCGCGGUAAUCUUAAAAGAAGUAGAAGCAACCUGAAGAAAAUUAGCAUCAGUGCGUUAGAUUUGCAGCGUUUCGCUGACUGAGAUUUUCAUUUUUGGUUCCCUGGUACAUUCAAAUGUAGGGCUGGGAAGGAACCAAAAGGAGAAAAAAAACAAAAUGAGGGAGAAAAAAAAAAGAACAAAAGCUUAUCUUGCACCCACGUGUGGCCAGUACUGGUGUUUCACAAGGUCUUUAAUUUUGAAUUUCAAAGCCUUUAACAUGAAUUUUAAAAAAUUUAAAAAAAAGAAUAGAUAUCCUUUACAGUUUG